UUAUGUGUGAAACAAACUGCCGUCCAAACGCUACAAGAUAUGUUCGAAGUGAGUGGGAUUGGAAGAUGUGAGCGAUUGUUCGGAAUACUUGAGGAAAACAUGUUCCAGUUCAAACAAUCACCCCUUGUAGAGUCAUCGCAAACUCCCAUACUGAGAAUGUGUAACGAUCUUCUCAAGAGGUUGAGUAGAAGUGCCGAAACAUCAUUUUGUGGAAGGAUUUUGUUUUUCCUUAGUAGGUUCGUCUUCGGGUUUUCUUUAUCCUCUACAAGAUGCAGUCUACAUUCAUCAGGUUUUAGAUAUCUGCCACUCGGAGAGAAGUCUGGCCUCAACUUGAUGGGACAUUUCAACACUCAGAACAUAACAAAGUAUGAUACGACUGAAACACAGCCGGUAGAUCUUAUCAGUGGUUCAGACGAAGAAAUAGAAACAGGAGAAAUUAAGGAAAAAGAGGUGAAUAUUCCAGUCGACCAUGCACUGUAUUCAAUGUUCUGGCAGAUGCAAGAUUUCUUUUCCAAUCCCACUGUAUGUUUCGAUAAGCAGCAAUGGGCCAUUUUCCAAAAGUUUUUGCAGAACUCAACGGAUGUAUUAAGCGUGUUCUCAAGUUACAAGUUAGAAAAAUCUGGUGACGAUGACGAUGACAAUGGAAAAAAGCGAUCUACGGCCGCGAAAAGUGUACAUGAAGUAAUAGAUGAAUCUGACUCUUAUUUCGCAAAGUAUCUGACAAGCCCAAAGCUUCUACAACUGCAGCUGAAUGACUCACAGUUUCGGCGGUACUUCUUGAUACAAUUCAUCAUACUUUGUCAGUACUUGACUAGUAGUAAAGUGAAGCAGUGA